GGAGUGACAAAAGGCUCUGUCUUUUCUGGGGUGAUCCAUUCCAGCCAUAAAGGCCAAGGCAGGUAGCCCUGGGACUCUUCGUCCUGUGUCUGCCGUGAAGAGAGGAGUGCUGGGUGACAGGGCUUCAGUGCUGGAUUACCUGUGAGGAGUUUACAGACAAUUUCAAAAAGGAAACCUCAAACCCAGAACAGCCAUGGAUGAUGUAUAUAAAGCAGCGGUAGAGAACUUGACAGAAGAACAAAAAAAUGAGUUCCGCGCUGCGUUUGACAUCUUCGUUCAGGACGCUGAGGAUGGCUGUAUCAGCACCAAAGAGCUGGGCAAGGUGAUGAGAAUGCUGGGCCAGAACCCCACUCAAGAAGAGCUGCAGGAAAUGGUAGAUGAAGUAGAUGAGGAUGGAAGCGGGACAGUGGACUUUGAUGAGUUCUUGGUGAUGAUGGUGCGCUGCAUGAAAGAGGAGAGCAAAGGAAAAUCAGAAGAAGAGUUGGCUGAAGUCUUCCGCAUGUUUGAUAAGAAUGGAGAUGGUUACAUUGAUUUAGACGAGCUGAAGAACAUGCUGGAGUCGACAGGUGAGGCCAUCACUGAGGACGACAUCGAGGAACUCAUGAAAGACGGAGACAAGAACAACGACGGCAAGAUUGAUUAUGAUGAGUUCUUGGAGUUCAUGAAGGGUGUCGAGUAAAAAUACCGCCUGACGGAUCCAGACCUGUCGUUUCAUUCCCUGACAUAAUCCAUCUCUCUGACCUCACCACAUGGACACUCAGCUGGGAAUCACAGAAAAUGAUCUGUAUUUCAUAUAUUUCUGUAAUUUGCUUAAAUAAGUAAAUGGAGUCAUGUACUGCUGCCCAAAAUAGCAAUGUUGUUUGUGCUCAAGUAAAAACAUUGUGU